UAUAUAGAGAGAGAGAGAGAGAGCUCUAUAAAAUGGAGGCUUCAGGUUUAUCCUGUGUGUAAUUUCAGUUCUAGAGUUCGGUGGGUUGAUUUCUCAAUUUUUUUUUUCGUUCCCCGGCCCCCUUUUGGGUUCUAAUGCUGCAGAUUCUGGAAAACGAUGGCGAUUGUGAUGAGCCUCGAUUUUCGACUGGGUCCUUGUCGUGUUUGUUUCCCAUUAUCCCAAGAAACGAUGUCCCGAGGAAGAGCCUCUCCUAUGAUAAGCUUCACCAGCAACCUCUGAGGCUAGGUGUUCUCAAAUUGGACGGCUCAUCUUUUGAAAUUGAGGUGGGGAAGUCGGGGACUGUUCGGGAGCUGAAGAAAGCAGUCGAAUCAACUUUUCGCCAUUUGCCAAAUGAGGGGACUGGUAAAGUUUCAUGGGAACAUGUGUGGGGCCAGUUUUGUCUUUGUCAUGAAGGCCAGAAGUUAGUGACUGACAGUGAUUAUAUCAGCUUGAUUGGCAUCAAGGAUGGUGACCAGCUGCAUUUUGUGCGUCAUGCUUCCACUGCCUACAAUUUAGUAAAGAUCCAGUCGCAGAGAGAGAAUCCUGAUUCCGAAGAUGAAUCUGGUUUUUCAGGUGGCCCAAAGCAUAAAAUCGAGAAAAAUGCCGAUCACUGGGUAGAGAUUGUGGAUGACAGCCAAGAGGAUACGGGAUGGUCUGAUGACGAUGCCUUUCCAAAUUGCAAGUAUAAACUACACAGCCUGUUAAGAUGUUGGUUCCCUUAUGACAAGUUGCCAAAAUCCCGCUCAAAAAUCGAGGACGAGAGGAGCAGCCCUUUGAGAAUGUCUCCAACCUCAAAGCCCGGGAAUUUCAAGAGUUGCCUACUCAUUUCCAGCAGUAAACAUGAGUCGAGAAGAGAAACUUUCAAGAGAAAGUAUAGGUAUAGAUGCAUUUGUGGCUGCAGGAGUGGAAUUGCUUGCUGCUUCAUUUUUAUCGGGUUUUUAGUUAUCGGUUUUGAGGGAUUGAGUAGUUUCAUCAUUGGGUCUACUUUUGGUUUUCCUCCAGAUUUUCUGCAUUACAGAUGGUGUGCAUUGCACGCAUGA